UUUAUUGCACUUAAUUCCUGGAUCAUUGCCAAGUUUAUUUGCACUCGAUAGUCAAGUGAUCGGCGAGUUUUCCGUGAAAUCAAUUGAAAAUUUGCUCGAAAUGGCUCUGCCUGAGAAUCUAGUGAGGAAUUACAAGAAAUUCCAGGAGCCGAACGGAGUGCCCGUGUUCCUCAAGGGAGGUCCUCUGGACAAGGUUCUCUUCGGUACAACGGUGUUCCUGUGCGGCGUGGGGAUUCUGUGCUUCGCGAACAUGGUUUACACGAUGGGAUUCAAGAAGAAGCAGGCGUAAAAUGAGCCUCUGCGCCUGAAAUACUAUAGAUAAAUGACUACAACUUAAUCGUUUUGGGAUAAAUAAAACACUAUAUAUCGUCA